GGAGGAGGUCGCGCGCGCAACAGCAGCAGCAGCAGCAGAUGUUCGGGCUCAGAGCGCAACAGGCGCGCGGACACACACACACACACACACACACACACACUGGCGCGCGCUGAAAACUUUCAGAAGAAAUUAUUAAAUGAAGAUUUUACUCCACAACCAUUUUUUUUAAACUGUCGGUGCGUCUUUUGAUCCGAGACACGAACUUUUAAACAGAAAAAGGAUAAAAACUGGGGAUGAUGACUCCGCAGGGGCCGAACCGGAGGAGCCCCCGGUGGCGCGUGUGCGCGCUGCUGUGUGCGCUCGGCUGCCUGCUGAACCCCGCCGGCUGCUAUAAUUUAGACCUGGAGAGCCCGGUGCGCUUUGGAGGACCCAACGCCUCUUUAUUCGGGUACUCAGUUCUGCUUCAUCAGCACCAGCAGAGCGCGUGGUUGAUCGUUGGAGCACCAGUUGCUGACUCCAAGUUUUACUCCAAUGUUCAAAAUCCUGGCGCCAUUUACAAGUGCAGUAUUUCAAGUAACAAGUGUGAGCAGGUUGAAACAGGUGUGGAGCAGUGUGGGAAAACAUGCCAACCUGAAAGCGAUAACCAGUGGCUCGGAGUCAGUCUUUCCCGAAGGCCAUCCAAUGGUGAUGUACUGGCAUGUGGACAUCGCUGGAAGAAUGUCUUCUUCUCGCAAAAAGACAAUCAAAACAAGCUGCCACAUGGCGUGUGCUUCCAGUUCAGCUCCGAUUUUAGCCGCACAACCCACUACAUCCCCUGCUACAGAGAUCAUCAGAGGAAGUUUGGGGAAGACUAUGGAUCCUGCCAAGCUGGGAUUUCCAAUUUCCUGACUGAGGAUCUGAUGAUAAUGGGAGCUCCUGGUAGCUCUUACUGGACCGGCUCUGUUUUGGUCUACAACAUGUCCAGUAAGGUGUUUGCUGCCUACGUGGAUGAUGAUAACGUAGUGUUCUAUGGUAGCUACCUCGGUUACUCUGUAAGUGCUGGUCACUUUCGUCACCCGAACAGUAUGGAGAUUGUAGGUGGUGCGCCCCAACAUAGCCAGACUGGCAACGUUUACAUCUUCACAGUGGAAGGCAACACUCUGAAAAUCCUGAAUGAAACGAGCGGCUCUCAGCUGGGCUCAUACUACGGAGCGAGUGUGUGUGCGGUGGACCUGAAUUCUGACGGACUCUCCGACCUUCUGGUUGGGGCGCCGUUAUUCAGCACCGUGAGAGAGGAGGGUCGUGUUUACAUCUACAUUAACCAGGGCUGGGUGAACAUGAGAAAAGCAGAGUUCCUGCUCAUGGGCAGCGAUUCAUACGCAGCUCGCUUCGGAGAGACCAUCGCUGACCUCGGGGACAUCGAUGACGACGGCUAUCCAGAUGUGGCCAUCGGAGCACCACAGGAAGACGACCUGCGUGGAGCUAUUUAUAUCUACAACGGGAGAAAGAGCGGUAUAACAUCCAGCUUCUCACAAAGGAUAACAGGCUCGGUCCUCGGCCACAGCCUCAGCAUGUUUGGACAGUCCAUUUCUGGAGGAAUUGAUGUAGAUGGAAACGGUUACCCAGAUGUAGCAGUGGGAGCUUUUCUGUCCGAUGCUGCAAUGGUGAUCCGGACUCGCCCAGUGGUGACGGUGGAGGCGUCGUUGUUUCUGCCGGUCAGUGUGAAUCGAUCGGUGGCCAGUUGUGUUGAAAACGGUCUUCCUGCUGUGUGUAUGGAGGUCAACGUGUGUUUCAUGGUCCAGGGAAAAGUCAUACCUGGACUUAUAGAGCUGAAGUACAACCUCAGUGCAGACGUAAAGCACAAGGAAGCUCUCCCAUCUCGCUUCUACUUCCACACUAACGGCACGUCCAACGUCACGGCGGGUAGCGUCUCGGCCAAACACGGACACACGGCCUGCAGCAAGCACCAAGCCUUCAUGAGGAGAGACGUGCGUGAUAUUUUCACGCCGCUGUAUUUCGAUGUUCAGUAUGAGUUGGGAGAGCACAGCGUCAUUAUCGGGGGCUCCAGCAGACUUCCUCGACUCAAAGCCGUUCUACAGCAAAGAGCCGGACAAACGAACCAAGUCACAAACCAGACUCAGUUUGCCAGAUACUGCGCUUGGGAAAACUGCUCCACAAACCUGCAGGUUUCUGCACAUCUGGUGCUUCCACAGUCUUACAACAACAUGCCGUAUUUUGCUCUGGGAAAUGGGAAGACCAUCAUGCUGAACACCACGCUGGUCAAUGCAGGAGAUGACGCCUUCCUGCCCAAACUGCACAUCCAAUUCCCCAACAAUCUUUACUUCAUCAGAGUCCUGGAUGCAGAGGAGAAACAUGUGAGCUGUGAGAUCACCGAAGAGGAGAAAUCAACCAUCACUCUGGACUGCAGCGUGGGGAAUCUCUACAUACCGGCUCUGGCCAAGCUCAACAUCAGCUUUCUACUGGAUGUGAACCAAAACAGCAGCGCUGGUGACCUGAGCAUCAGUGUCAACGCCACAAGAGAAAACUAUGAAAACAAGGAUCUUCUGCAUGAUAACGUGGCCUAUCUGACUCUGCCGCUAAGAUACGGUGUGGAUUUCAACGUCCACGGAGUUGUUUCUCCACCAUCGUUCACAUUUGGGGACCCUGAGCUGAUGCCAGUUGACUGCUACACCCAGAAGGUUAAUUACACGUUUAAGGUGAUGAACCUCGGUCCCAGUAAAGCUCUCGACGCCAAAGUGGAAAUAGACAUCCCUCAGGUUCUGGUCCCACAUCCGGAUCGGCUGAUCCGAGUUACAGAUUUACAGACAACUCAAGGCCAGUGCCAUGUGAAGAACAGCAGCUGGCUGCUGAAGGACGACUGUGACGUUAAUAAACCUCCCUUUUAUAAAGACCUUGUGUUCUACCUGUCAAAAAUCACCAAGCGUACACUGUUUUGUGUUCGAGCAGACGGAGCCUGCAUGAUUAUCCAGUGCAGCUUCGGUGACAUGGACAUGGGCAAAGAGGUCACCAUCAAUAUUGAGUUGGAGCUCAACCCUGCUGUUCUUCAGAUCAGCCCCGGGAGACAUGCUAUAAUGCAGAUAAACAGCAUCAUUGCUGUCACAUCACCAGUCAAGGACAACAACACCAUCGUGCUGAAUGACGCCAUCAGUGCUGUUGUGAAGCUAGACGCACACAACAGUAAGAAGCUGCCACCGGUUGUGGCGCAGAUAAUCAUUGGGUUCAGUUUGUGUCUGGGCCUGACCAUCUUUGGCAUGCUGGUCUUCUGCCUCUGGAAGGCUGGCUUCUUCAAGCGGAAAUUGAAAGAGAAAAAGGAGAAAAUAGAUCGUGACAGCUGGGACUACGUCCCCAAGAACGAGAGCUUUUCAUAAAACACGGAAUAACUUCAGAGAGUGAAGGUGUCCAGGGAGACAAAACAGGAAUAAUAUGGACAGAAACACAUCAUGGACUUUACGCAGUGUGGACUUGAUGUUCCAGACUGGGAGUUUGAUCAACGUGGCUGUGCGGCCUGUGAGACUGCACCAGCGAGACUGUAUUCAGGACCAAACCAAAUGCACUUUUGAUGGCGGGAGAACCGAAUUGCACAUGCGUGACGGGACUGAGAUUUCUUGUCCUGGGUGAUGUGGACGGACAGUGUCUCAGUGUCUGCUGUAAAACGGAAACCCUGCACCACUGAGCAAUGGUUGAGUCCAGACUCAGGUGUCAGGAGUUCCCCUGUGGAUUAGAAAUGCAACAAACAGAGUUUACGCUGAAGGGAAACGCUGAGCUUUCCCUCCCUCACUCUCCUGUCUCAUUUCAUCACUUCAUGUUCUCUCUCUCUCUCUCUCUCUCUCUCUCUCUCGCUCCAUCCAUCACAUUUGCUUCUUUUUUUUUGCAUCCAGCUUUCAUAUACGCUUCCCCUCCCGUCAUAUCCUCCUUCCAGUCCUUUCCUUUGUCUCUCUCUUUCUCUCUCUCCGUCUCUGUCUCCUGCUGUUGGGUGGAAUGGUAAAGAGUUUGGAUGGAGACGGUGAGGAGACACCAGAUGGAAGGAGCGAGUGUGUAUUGGCUCACAGCCACUGAAACAGCGCUGUAGACGAAUGACGAGACUGAUGUGUACCUGGCACACAGCCAUCGAGAGAGAGAGAGAGAGAGAGAGAGAGAGUUGAAAAAUAGAGUUGAAUGAAUUACACACUGCAGUGUGUCACAUAUUAAGUGUGUGUGUGUGUGUGUGUGUGUGUGUGUGUGUGUGUGUGUGUGUGUGUGUGUUGCUGUUCAGGGAGUCACACGCAGAGGCACAUUCCAUUUCUGUUUCAAAUCACUGUGUUUAUUAAAUGAACGAAUAGAAUUGUGUAACUUUUAUUUUCAGAGCAGCAGAUGUGUGUGUGUGUGAAGUGCUGAUUGUGUGUGUGUGUGUGUGUGUAAAGAGGCAUUUGUCCCUGCAUGUCCUCUGCUGUUAUUUAAGUACUGAUGCACUGGACUGUAUUGUGUGUAAUAUGUGUGUUUUAAUUAAACUAAAAGACUUUUCUAUUUA